GUGUUUCCCGAUUGACACUCGAGCAACAGAGAAGGAGCGCCUGAUGAAGAGAUUCACCAACGGCCUCUUCUUUAAGUCGAUUACCAUGCUGGCCAUCGCAGCCAAUACUCUGUACCUAGGUUGGGCGGCCAACACGAAUGUCAGCAACAGCUGGAGACGGCUUAGGAGCGAGCCGGUGCAACAGCCGGGAGUCGAGUUCGACAUCGCUUUCACAGCCUGGUUUGGGGUGGAGCUCUUCAUAAAGAUGAUUGCUGACCGCGUGCAGUUCUUUGUUGGAGAGGAGCG